GAAGAACCCGGAAGCGCCCGGCAGCAUCCUCCAAACCGCGCUCCAUUUGACUCCACUGGAACUGAUUGUAAACACAAAGUGAUAUUCCGGGAUGAGCGUUGCCAGGCCGCUUGGCGCUGGGGACGACGCCAGCCGAGGCCCCAGCUACACGGUGCCGUGUGAUGGCUACGUCGACGUGGUGGAAUUCAGCCCCUUCGCCUCGGGCACGCCCGCCUCCCUGCUGGCUUAUGGCUGCAACCAGUGCGUGGUGGUGGGCACCUGCCUCUUCCAGGAGGAAGACAUGAGCGUGGAGGGGGUGGAGUUCAAUGUUCUCCGUGCUUUCCAUCACGAUUCACGAGUGGACGCGCUGGCUUGGAGCCCGGAGUCCCGCCUGGACCGGAUUCCCACAAUCAGAAUUUGCACGGCCGGCCCCGACAGAAAACUCCGUUUGUUGACGUCGGUCCUUCAGGAUCAACACGAGGUCAAGGUGAUGGAGGGCCACAGCAGCUACAUUAACCAUUUGGUCUUCGAGCCCAGCGAAGGGAAACAAAUCGCUUCCGUCAGCGAUGACCACACUUGCAGGGUGUGGGACCUGGACGGAAACCAAAGCGGCCUUUUCCGCCUGCGCUCUCCCGGCAUCAGCGUGUGCUGGCACCCGCAGGAAGUCUUCAAGCUGAUGGUGGCCGAGAAGAAGGGCACCGUUCGCUUCUACGACCUGCUGAGUCAGCAGGCCAUCCUGUCGCUGGACUGCGGCCAGUCGCCGCUCAGCGCCGCCGACUGGUGCCUGGCCAACACCGUCAAGGUGGGCGCGGUGGCGGGCAGCGACUGGCUCAUCUGGGACAUCACCCGCUCCAGCUACCCCCAGGAACGAAGGCCGGCGCACAGGCAGAAAGCCCAGCAGUUCAAGUGGUCACGGGCCCAAGAGAACCUUUUCGCCACCACCGGAUGUCCCGGCAAGGUCAACAGCCAGCUGCUCAUCCACCAUCUGGGCCACCCGCAGCCGGUGGCGGUGGGCUCGGUGACGGUGGGCUCGGGCCUCAGCUGGCACCGCACGCUCCCGCUGUGCGUGAUCGGCGCCGACCGCAAACUUUGCUUCUGGAUGACGGAGAUGUAAGCACGUGCUCUCUUCUUUGAUGUUGUUCUUGAAAUGGGUUCAGUAAAAUAUUUUUCUGAGUA